UGUCGCCUGUCUCUGAGAACCGACUGCGACAUCUCAGCCAUGGCCUUGGAGGGUGGUAAGACCGUAGUGCUGGCUGCACUGGGCCGGCCCUUCAGUCUGGGGAUGCUCUACGACUGUCGCAACGACACACUGAUCCCCGCUCUGACACUUUGGGACCGGGAAGCCUUAGAGAAAGAAGCAAAGGAAAGACCCCAACUCAACAGUGUCUUUGAGAUAGUUGCAUCUGACUCCAUCGAAGACAAAUCUUCUACAUUGAAUGUUGAGGCUUCACUGAAAGCCAGUUUUCUGUUUGGACUGAUUCAGAUCGGAGGCUCUGCUAAAUAUCUCUCCGAUUCUAAGGUUUCCAGAAAUCAGGCUAGAGUGACAAUAAAAUACAAAACCACCACCAAGUUCCAACAGCUGUCCAUGAAUCACAUUGGCAGAGGUAAUGUGAAGCAUCCACAUGUUUUUGAGUCAGGACAAGCAACACACGUAGUGACAGGAAUCCUUUAUGGGGCACAAGCCUUCUUUGUGUUUGACCUUGAUGUGUCAGAAAAUGAAGAUAGGCAAGACAUCGAGGGCAAUCUAAAGUGGCUGAUCAAGAAAAUAUCCACCUUGAAGAAAGAAGGUCAAGGUUAUCGGAACAUGGCAGAAAAGUUCUCCUGCAAGUACCAUGGGGAUUUUAUCCUCGAGAAACACCCUGCGUCUUUUAGUGAGGCAAUAGAAGUCUAUGAAAACCUACCUAAGAUGUUGGGAACCAACGGAGAGAACGCCGUGCCUCAGAAGGUCUGGUUAAUGCCACUGAAGACUCUUGAUUCUGCUGCUGCUGAACUGGUUAGACAGAUAAGCGAUAGAUUAGUCACGGAGGCUCAGAAUGUCCUGGAGGACCUCAGCGAGCUGGAAAGGAGAUGCAACGAUGCAAAGCGAUCCACAACAGCCCAGCAAUUCCCACAGAUAAACAAAAAGUUAAAGGCUUUCAAAGAGCUGGUUUCUCAAUACAAACUGGAUUUCCAGAAUAUUGUGGCAAGGAAACUCCCAUUGAUCAGAGGAGGGGGAGAGGAGGAAAGUGUUCUCGCAAAGAUCCUGAAAAAAUGUCAUUCCUCUCCCUUCAAAAGUGGUGAAAUGAAUGAGUGGAUGGAAUGCAAAGACACAGAAAUCAAAAUCAUCAGCUCUCUGAUUGACAAAAUGCCCAACAUGACGAUCGUCACUAGUCGCAGCACUCUGUACCAUGAGAUCCACAGCGGAGAUAUCACACAUGCUGUGUGCUUUGUCUUUACCUCCCUGGAAACCCCAGAGCCUUACCUUUCAGCUCUGUCAAACUACUUGGAUCAAACCCAACCAGACGACGUGCCAUGUGCUUAUAAUGUUGCAAAGGAACCAUGGUUCUCCUCAAAUAUAACAUGUGAGAAAAUAAAGAUCUUCAAAGAUUUUGCAGAGGCCAACAAGGAGAACAAAAGCAUCAGGUUUCUAGCAACUGCAAUAAGUGAUGAUGAAAAGAAAGGUGCAACUCUCCACCUCUACAAGGAUGGCUCCUUAGUCAACGACAACUUUGAACCACCUUCGAAGCCAGAGAUGAUCCCAGGUGACAUAACCCAUAACAGUGUAACACUGAAUAUUUCCCCACCACGAUUUGGGUUGACAACUGUCACCCACUACAAUGUUGAGUUCUGUGUCCAUGGAGACGAUGUUUGGCAUCAACAAAUGGAGAGCCAGGCUGGAGAGGUCAAAGUGUCCGGCUUGAAGAUGAAUGAAGAGUAUCGGUUCAGGUGUAGAGCCAAUUGCACAGUCGGCCACAGUCCAGCCGGUGAAGCUUUAAUUAAAACCUUGCCAUCCAGUAAGGUUUUGAGACAAAUUGUUUGUUCAGACAAAUGUCUCAACACCCCGAAGGAGAAUGAAGCCCAAUCCACUCUCACCACCUGAAUACAUCGACCUGCUGAUAGAGAGAGAGAAGUCACAGGCCAGGCCUGGCUACCAGGACCACAUCAAGGAACUACAGCACAUGCGGGAGAAGGCGGUCACCAUGGGGCUGGUGGCCCGCGGAGAUAAACUGCUCUAGAUGUGGGGGCAGGGUAGUCCAGCGGUUAAUACCUACCGGAAAGGGAAUGGGUCCAUUUAAUCACACUUAACCCUUAAUAUAUUGAAGCUGAUCUCUGAUUUAAUGACAUACAUAGAAAUUAAUCAUCUUUUGUUUUUAUAAGUUCUUAACUGGGUAUUGGCUGAGUAUAUUUCAUAAAAACACGAUACGUGAAUUUUCCUUAUUCAAAUAGAGGAGCGUUCUUCUUUGCUUCACUCAUUUGUUUAGCUUAGAUGCUGUGUGCUUAGCCCCCGUCCCCCCCUCUCUCUUUUCUCGUAAGCAACCUGUUCUCUCUCUCUGGUUGAGGUAAUAUUGAGUGAGACUUCUGCGAUUCGCUCAGUCUCGAUAGCGAUGCUUAAAUUAAAAGAUAAGGAGUUUAUAUGCUUUGCCGCACUCCCCACUCCAGCUGAAACACUUGACUAUAUUGACUUACUUCUUUGUCCUAAUUUUUCAGUUUAAUUGUACAAAUUCUUGUGAAUUGAACACAUACACACACACACACACACACAUCAGCACAUUGGA